CAGGAGCAGCAGGAAGGGAGGAGCGGCCGCCGCUGCUUGUGUGUUUGAGCCGAUCCGCUCCCGGGACCACAGGGAGGAGAGGCCGCGGGGAGCGCGGACCAGACGCCCUCGCCCUGGAGAGGGUGGCGGGAGGAGCAGGCGGGAGCCCUUGCGGCUCUGCCGGAGGCUGGCGAUGGAGGAAGGGGCAGCAGACCUGCGACAAAGAAAGAAGCAAAAUUGCACAGAAACUGACAAAAUGGCUCCAGAUGAGAGAAACAAAGAAAACCCAAACCUGGGAAGAUCGCCAAAAUAUGUCUUAUUUCAACGUUUUGCAAAGCUUUUCUUUGGCUGUGUCGCAGCUGUCACUAGCGGGAUGAUGUAUGCUGUGUACCUCUCAACAUACCAUGAACGGAAAUUCUGGUUUUCCAGCAGGCAGGAACUUGAACGAGAGAUUACAUUUCAGGGUGACAGUGCCAUUUAUUACUCAUUUUAUAAAGAACUGCUAAAGGCUCCUUCCUUUGAAAGAGGUGUUUAUGAGCUGACACACAACAAUAAAACUGUAUCGCUGAGGACUAUAAAUGCAGUGCAGCAAAUGACAUUGUAUCCAGAGUUGAUUGCCAGUGUUUUAUAUCAAGCAUCUGGUAGCGAAGAGGUUAUCGAGCCAGUGUAUUUCUACAUUGGUAUAGUUUUUGGACUGCAGGGAAUUUAUAUGGCUGCAUUAUUUGUAACCAGUUGGGUUAUGAGUGGGACUUGGUUGGCAGGAAUGCUGACCGUAGCAUGGUUCAUUAUUAACAGGACAGAUACAACAAGAAUCGACUACUCCAUUCCUUUAAGGGAAAAUUGGGCAUUGCCAUAUUUUGCAUGUCAAGUUGCAGCUCUUACAGGCUAUUUAAAAAACAACAUAAAUUCUUCUGCUGAGAGGUUUUGCUACCUUUUGGUGAGUGCUUCAACAUAUACUUUCAUGAUGAUGUGGGAGUACAGUCAUUAUCUGCUGUUUGUCCAGGCUGUGUCUCUCUUCCUGCUGGACAGCUUUGCCCUUGUGCAGACAGAUAAGGUGCAUGAAGUGUACAAAAUCUAUCUGUUCUCCCUGUUCCUGGGAUAUCUCUUACACUUUGAAAAUCCAGCUUUAUUAGUAUCUCCAUUACUAAGCCUUGUAGCAGCUUUAAUGCUCUCUAAAUGCCUUCAGAUGAAUAUGAAAAAGGGCACAUUUAUUUCAAGGAUGCUAAAAAUAAUGUACUUUUACUUGGUAUUUACGAUAUCAGUGACAAUGAAUUUCUUACUGAAGACAUUUGUUCCCCAUAAAGAAAAUGAGCAUGUGUUGAAGUUCCUUGAAGUAAAAUUUGGAUUAAACACAACUAAGAACUUUACAGUGAACUGGCUUCUUUGUCAAGAAUCCCUUCAGACACCAUCUCAAGACUUUUUUUUGCGGCUAACUCAGUCAUCUCUAUUGCCUUUUUAUAUUUUAGUAUUAAUUAUCUGCCUUUCUUCUGUAACUCAAGUCAUUUUUAGGAGAAUUAGUGGUGGACCACUCAAAGAAAAAAUUACACUUGAUGAUGGCCGAAUUGGAGAGAGGCCAGAGAUAGCUUAUCAUGUAAUCCACACAAUGUUAAUGGGUUCUCUUGCAAUGAUGUUGGAAGGCAUAAAGUAUCUGUGGACUCCCUAUAUGUGUAUGCUUGCAGCAUUUGGUGUAUGCUCCCCUGAGCUUUGGAUGACGCUUUUCAAAUGGCUUCGACUGAGAGCUGUACACCCAAUAUUGCUGGCUCUCAUUCUGAGUAUGGCAGUUCCAAGUAUAAUAGGUUUCAGCUUGUGGAAAGAGUAUUUUCCUAGGAUAAUGACAGAGCUUUCAGAACUGCAAGAAUUUUAUGACUCAGAUACAGUAGAACUCAUGAUGUGGAUAAAAAGACAGGCUCCUGUUGCUGCUGUGUUUGCUGGAAGUCCACAGCUAAUGGGUUUGAUUAAGCUGUGUACUGGAUGGAUGGUGGCAAGUCUACCUUCAUAUAAUGAUGUUGAUCUUCUACAAAGAAAUGAGAAUAUUUAUCAGAUCUAUUCAAAAAGGUCUGCCGAGGAUAUUUAUAAGAUACUCACAUCCUACAAAGCCACCUACCUAAUUAUAGAGGAUUCAAUUUGCAAUGAGGUUGGACCUGUGAAAGGAUGUAGGGUUAAAGACUUACUGGAUAUUGCUAAUGGCCAUGUUGUUCCUUAG